AUGGUCCGGACCAAGACGAGCGAGAAGGCCAAGGCCGCCGAGCGCAAGGUGCCCAAGACGCCGCUGACCAUCCCGAUGGGCGGGAUCGACCUCGAGACGGAGGAGGUGCUGCGCGUGUACACGGCCAUCGUCGACCGCCACAACCCGUACCGCACGCCCAACGUCGCGUCCGCGUACGACGAGCCGGCCAUGGCCGCCAACUACGACGUGACGCUUUACGAUAUCUGCCGCAAGCCGCGACAAGUGGUCCAUGGCACGCUGCAGAUCGACGCCUCCUCGCUGCACGACGAGCUUCACUGCGCCAUCUGCUCGGGCAUCAUUCGCGACGCGACAGUCAUUACGGCAUGCUUGCAUCGCUUCUGCAGCGGCUGCAUCCAGCGACACAUCCACGAGAAGGGCUUGUCGCCGGCCUGCCCCGUCUGCAACACGGUGGUGUCGACCCGGCGUGCGCUCCGGCGCGACGAGACGUUCGACCAGCUCAUCCACACCAUCUACGGCGACGUGGCCGCAUACGAGGAAGCCGAGGACGCACGCAUCCAGCUCAGCAACAAGCGGGCGUUUCCGCAGCUCAACCUGGGCAAGCAGCGCGACUUCCAGGAGAAGCAAACGCCAAUUAUUACCAACAAACGAGCGCGUCGCUAA